CGCCAAAAGCACAUCAAGGACCGCAAAUUAUCACCAUCAACCCGGACCCUCCCCACGACGCGACCUGACAGCGCGCAUCGACGUAUUGGCUUGCGCUGCAUCGCUCUCGCGUGGCGACAAAUAAGAAGGAAUAAUAGUAGUAAUUGCACAACGACGGCGCUGGGCGCUUCGUAUCCUAUCCCUGGCCUGGUUCGCGCUGCGUUUGCGGGCCCCAUUGCGACAGCAGCCGCUCCAUCCUUCCGCCCUCUUCUUUCCGUCAAGCCAGCCCAGCCAGCAAAGAGGGAACCCGUGGACCAGAAGAAACAAACUGUCGCGCGCGCUCCCCGGGACAUAUCCAUGGCCUAUUGCUGACAUUAGCGCGGUCGCGACUCAUCACUGCGCCCUCAUGGCAUGCUGAUCGGCAGCGGGAGCAGCUGAGAGAGAUAGAGCGUUACAUCGCGGAGAACCCAAAGAACCAUGCACGUCGACUUUGGCGAGGAGGGACAGACGGACCAUUCCCUCCUGACAGCCAACGGCCACUCCCACGCCCACGCCCAUACACACACCCACUACGACCACCCAGGUCCCGGCAGCGGGCCGUCCUACUCGCCUUUCCGGCAUUCAGGCGGCGGUGGCGGCGGCGGCAGCGGUGGAGGCAGUGGCAGCAGUGGUGGUGUCGCAGCGAUUGACCCGGGACUGGAUCAGAGCACAGGUGCCAGCCGCAAUGUGCACACGCCAUCAGGCCAUCUACUUCAGCCUGACAAUACCGGACAUCUCGCCCACGGCUUCUAUGGCGACAUGCGCAGCUCCCAGACUCCCCCGGCCUCUGCGAAUGCCUCGCCGCGCUUCUCCGCCAUCUCACCCACCAGCCAGCCGCGCCCCGGUGCUGCCCACUUCGAGCCCGCCGACCGCGACCCGCCCCCGCGCGACGUAUCCGACGACACCAUUGACAAUGCCUACGCCGCCUUCAUCCUCUACUGCAAUCCAAACUUCCCUACUACUACCGACACCACCGAGCUAGUCAAGCUGUUCCGCACGCCGCCCAAGAGCGACGGCAACGCCUUUAGCACAUGGGUCCUCUUUGAGUUGAUCCGCAAGUUUGACGCAAAAGAAAUAAAGACCUGGACACAGCUGGCCCUGGAUCUGGGUGUGAAGCCGCCAAACACGGAUGAAGGACAGAGCACGCAAAAAGUGCAGCAGUACUCUGUGCGACUGAAGAGAUGGAUGCGCGCUAUGCACAUUGAUGCGUUUUUUGAAUAUUUACUGGGCAAGCAGCAUCCCUACUAUUUACAGAUACCACCUUCCCACCAGCCUUUUCCAAGCCAAGGGCGUGAUGGCGUGCCUCUCGAGGAAGACCUGGCCAUCAGGGCUCUUGACCCAAAGUUCAAGCCCAAGCGCGGGCGCCGAAAGGCUGAUGAUGGAGAGGACGAUAUAGACUUUGAUGAAGGCAUUCCAGCUCGUAAACGACCCCAGCUGGAUACAAAUGUGGCGUUUGGCAAUGUAUUGCAGCCACAAUCCGCAUACCCUACUAGCGCGCAUCCAAACAACAUGCAUGGAGGUUUUCUGACACCACAAGAUCCAUGGACUGCAGUCUCAACCGUCACUCCAUCUUCUGCCAACACUGCAGCCUCGGCUCCAAGUCGUCUAGGGCAGAGUGGGCUUACUCCUUAUACGGAAUCACCGAUGGGCGGGCAUCAUGCACGAUGGCGCGUGAAUACACAGGAUGCGCCUCAUACACCACAUCCACUUUCUGCUGUCACUCCACAGUCUGCGUAUCCGUUUUUCGACGAACCACAGUCCGCUGUCACACCCUCCAGCACCAGAUCACGCUCUCGCCGACGCCAUGGCCCUGCUGUAUCAUCGGCUUGGUCAUCCAACAGCGGAACCGCCACUGGCAAACUUCGCGGUCGGCCUCCUAGUAAUCGUUCAAUCAGAGACGGGCCCUUUGUGACAUUCCCAGCAAACCCAAAGACCAAAGAAGGGCCGCCCAUUGAUCGAAAUCCAGGCAACUUGACGCCAAUAGUUGAGCGGGCGCAUUCGGACCCACCAGCUCCAGAGGGCUCUGUUCGUUUCCCACCCACACUGGCGUCUGCCGUUUCUCCAUCGAAAAUCGAGGGACCUUCUGCGGGAGGUGCGCCACAGAAGCAACGGCUGAGUCUCCAAGUUCCUCCCAAUGUUGGUAAUCCAGUAGUACGCCUAACCACGCCAACCGUGCUUGUUAACGGAUUACAAAACGACUCCCCAAGCACUGGACUAGGACCAUCCCCGAUAAGCGCUGCGUCCACCCAAGUCUCGCCUGCAAACGCCUAUGAGCAACAAAGCAUGUACGAGAAGCAACACCGACCAACGCACCAGACGUACCACGGGAACCUCACCCCAUCCGAGACGCCCGCGCAACCGCGACCACCGCCACCAACACACUCACAACCGGAAUCUGAACUCCCCUCAACAUCACCACAGUUGCCCUCAGCAGUCCCCCUCGAGACGCUGAACCGCGCGCUAGCAGCAGAACUAAUACGUGCCCCAUUAACCGGGCGGCGCAAGCGCCUACGAGGCAACGAAGCCAAGCGCCUCGCCUCUGCAAUCCUACAGCCCCUCCACGCCAAGCCACCACCCGCCUCCCUUGCCCCCACGAAACUCAUGAGCGACUACGCCCUCGGCAUCGCUAUCAGCAGCUGUCUCGGUCUCGCCUCUACCGUGGGUGUCGGCGCCGGCGGCCCCACCGGCGGCGUGCGUCGCGUUGAGUGCGUACGGUUUCGCGUCGGCGGCGAUGGAUACGAAUCCCCUAUUGAUGAGGAAGAAGACGAUGACGAGACUGAAUCUUCUACUGCGAGACAUGGCGCGCGCAGUAUCAAGGAGACGUUUGAUGUCUUUUUCAACGUCGCGUUUGGGGGGCUCACGGGCGAGUGGGUUGCCAAAGGGCUGGAUAUGUCCGCUGUUGUGGAUCCUGAGGAUGAGGCCGAGGCCACGCGGGAUGCGCAUGCUGCGGCGGAUGCGAAUGCGGAGAGUUGGAAGAGUAGGUAUCUUGAUGCUAGGAGUCAGCUUUGGCAGAGUAGGGAGGAGGUGGGCAGGCUGAAGGAUAGGAUUCUUGAGGCUGUGUUGUGAGGUCGUCCUCAUCCCCCUCCUUCUUUUUUUUCUGUUGUUUUUUUUCAUCCAAGGGUGAAUUUGUAUAAGACAUGUUUGGCGUAUAUAGGGUGUGUUGGACUCGACUGGAUUGGGUGGUUGGGAUUUGUUAUAUACCCCAGUGUUGUUGUUGUCGCUGCUGCUGUUGGGACCAUUUCGGGUUCGCACUCCUUUCUUGAUGAAAAGGGAUUAUUUAUUUUAGUCUUGCUGCAUGUAGAUAGUUUUAGUAUAUGAAG